UUUUGUCAGUUGGCUUCGCUGUCAAACAGAAAAUGGCAGCGACGAGUGUUGUCGUUCUCGACAGAGGCAACAAUACAACUUGUACCGUAAAUUUGUUUGGGGCCACAGUUGUAUCAUGGCGAGUCAACAAUCAAGAACAGUUAUUUGUUAGCAAGCAGGCGGUAUUCGAUGGCAAGCGCGCGAUACGGGGAGGGAUACCAUUCGUAUUUCCUCAGUUCGGGCAAUGGGCGUUCGGGCCGCAGCACGGCUUCGCGCGGGUGGCGCGCUGGCACGUGGAAAAGAUGCCCGAGCGGCUGCCCAGCGGCGACGUCGAGGCCGUCUUCAGCCUCAUGGAUGACGACUUCACGCACUCCAUGUGGCACUUCCAGUUCAGACUGACGUACCGGCUGAUCCUGCGCGAGAAAGAGUUGCACUUCAACAUCGGCGUGUACAACCCGAGCAAGGAGCUGACGUUCAGCUGCCAGCUGCUGCUGCACACCUACUUCAAGGUGCCCGACGUGCGCCGCUGUCAGAUCACCGGCAUGCACGGAUGCAUGUUCAUAGACAAGACGCGGGAAGGCACGGUGUACCAGGAGACGCGCGAGGUGGUGACCAUCAACGAGUGGACGGACCGCAUCUACCAGAACACCAUGCAGGAGCACAUCAUCACCAACGUCGUCAGCGGCCGCAAGAUGCGGAUACAGAAGUAUAACUUCCCUGACACAGUGAUCUGGAACCCCUGGGCCGAGUACGCGAAAGAGAUCCCAGACUUCGGCGACGACGAAUUUCCAAACAUGGUGUGCGUGGAGGCCGGCCGCGUGGCCGCGCCCAUCGUGCUGCUGCCCGGCACCGCCUUCGAGGCCAGCCAGAUCCUGCAGGUGAUGUAAGCGGCUAGUGCCGUGAGUCCGCAGCCGUCCACUCGACCGUGUCAAUUCAAAAGUAAACGACUCAACCGAAUAUUGAACGCAACAUUGAGGUAUUGUGCUGCACUACAACUGAUGUCAAACAUUACUUGUACAAACAUGUCCGACCUGCAAAGAUUCCCAAAAAAUUUCAAUUUAAAAAGACCGCUGUAGAAGCAUUUUAUGUCAAUUAUUAUAAAUUCACAAUAUUAUUUUAAGGUUGUUUACAAAAUACUUUAUUUGCAGCCUUGUACCUUACCUCUAGAACAGAAGAAAUAGCAUGCCUUUUCAGUUAUAGACAAUUUUGGAAUCACAUAACAACACUUACGGCAUUGCUAUGCGAGUUCUAGUACACAAAUCGGUGGUGUAUGAAUGAAUAUCAGUUUAACAACAGUCCAUUGUUUAAUACCUCUCACCAAAUUAUUGCAAUAAUAUUUGUACUAAAUAAUAAAAAAAUGAGCAUAAUGUUUUUUAGAAUUUCGACUAAAUUGACGUGUCGGUGAUUCACAAAUUGACCUCUAAGUUUAUCUUUUGGUUAUAAUGUUAAUACAGGAAUACAAUGAUCGUACAAAGGCGACGUUUUAGCGUGGUUGUUACUAAUUUUAGUUUUAUUGACUCGAUUUUUACAAACACUACAAAGUUACAAACUACUAUUAUUUUUAUAAUAAUAACAAUGCAUUUUAAUUCAUAAUAAGAGGUGUGUAGCAUACAUAUCUAUGACGUACCGAUAAUAGCAGGAAGGAAUCAUUUAACUUAAAUAAUAAUGCUGUCGACGUAUUCCUAUAGUUUUACAUAAUUAUCAUUCCCUUUGUACAAUAAUUAGUUAUUUACAAGUUUUAUAGUGAGUAAUUACAAUAUAAUGUUGCUAUGAGUAGAAUAGUAUUCUUUAUUAGAUAUAUCUUAAACCUAGCUAUUGUGUUCACAAACUUGGGCCAGAAAAUUAACACAGAUAAAUAAAUAUCGCGUUUACACUUAAAAUAUUUUGCUUCUACUGACCAUCGAUUUCUGUUUAAAAUAUGCCGAGAUCAGUGCCUGCAUUAAAAAUCUGCUUCUUUUAAAUUGAAUGUAAAUGCUAUCUUUACAGUGAUUUUGUCAAGCUUUUUGCUUUAAGAAAUCUUAAAUUCUGUCUUUGAUUUUGUGUACACAAUAGGUAGUUUAACGUGUAUUGAUCCGAAGUUCGUUUGAUGGGUUAUUAUUAUAAUAGGCGAAGCAGACUUGAACAGUCUCUUGUCUCUCUACCGUUUAUAUGUAUAUUAUAUCUUUACAUAAUAUCUUCAGCGAAGGUUCAAAGUAACUAAUUAAUACAUUCCUUAGCUGUGUCGGACUUUUUUAAAGUAUAAAAACAAUUAGGAUGAUGUAGGAUAAAAUCAAGUGAUACGAUAGAUUAGUAUUAAAUCUUGCCAAUCGUCCUACAGUGUGGGAGUUAUAUAAUUAAAUUAUCUUAUUAUUUCUUCAAUCGGUCUCUGGCUUCCUUCUUGUCUUCCGCUAGUGUUCUUAAAUUGGGGUUACAUCUAUUCUAUUAUGUAUUUCACUUUCGAGUUGUAGGUAAUAGGAACAUGUUGGUGUUGUUUACUUAUGUUUAUGUUUGAAACAUUGCGUAUGUAAUUAUAAGCUGGUAUUAUGAUUUAAUAGAUUUUAAAAAUCUGAUACUACAUUUUUUAUUUUCUAAUUAAAACAAUAAACUGUUAUAAUCUUUAAGGUUUACAUAGCUCACUCAUAGCACAAAUACUCAUUUCAAUAACUGUAAUACUUCCUACUUUGUUAUUUUACAGUAUGUUUUGUUAAUUAGAUUUUGAACUUACUGUGUAAUGUAAUAAGUUUUAAUGCAGCUCCAUUAAAAGCCUCAUUGCGUAUCAAGCGUUGCUUCAGUGCGUUUGCUUUUUAUUAAUGCAAAUUUUAUAACUAGAAAAUUAAUGGAAUUAUUAUUAUUUCGGCCUCACGACAAACUGCGCAAACGCGCUCAAUGAAUGCUUGAACGCAAGCGAAACUGUUCAAAUAAAUACUGUUCAAAACUCGUACUGUGUACAUACUUGACAUAAUUUUGUACAAAUUGAUGUGAUUUUUUACAUUUAUUUUGAUGUUUUUCUUAACUUGAAACAUUUUUGGAGGCUUUUAACGUAUACGACGAUUAAUUAAUAUAAGAAUAUGUACUUAGAUAUAAUGAGUUCCUUGAUUUUUUUACAUAAUGGACAAAAAUGAUUGGGUGGGUACUUUUAGUAUAAUGAUACAACAUUUUAUGAUGUCAUAUCGGCAUUAAAGAAGUUUGUAAAAGUUAUGUUUUACUUUGUAUGUAUUUAAAAAUAGUCGAUACCUAGUAAUUCGAUGCUCUCUUUGUUAAGCAAACUAAGGGAUUUUUAUAAAUCCGAAUGCUAGGAUUCGUUUAACGAUAGUAUGGCGAAAAAUAACAUCCGUAAUAUAGGAGGAACUUAUACAUUUUUCUAGCA